UUUUGGGGAAAAAAAUCCCACAAUUUUGGUGUGAGAAAGGACAUGAGGAGACUACAGGCCUGGGAUCUUCCCAAUCAGAAUGAAACCCAUGUUGAAAGACUUUUCAAAUCUCUUGCUGGUGGUGCUUUGUGACUAUGUCCUUGGAGAAGCUGAAUACCUCCUCUUACAAGAGCCAGUCCAUGUGGCGCUGAGCGACAGAACGGUAUCAGUGGGUUUCCACUACCUCAAUGACGUCAACGGGACUCUGAGGAAUGUGUCUGUCAUGCUGUGGAAGGCCAACACUAACCAGACUGUUACCAUUAAGUACCUCCUGACCAACCAAGCCCAGGGAACACUCCAGUUUGAAUGCUUCUACUUCAAGGAGGCUGGUGACUACUGGUUUGUAAUGAUCCCGGAAGUGACAGACAAUGGCACUCAAGUUCCCCUCUGGGAGAAAAGUGCCUUUCUGAAGGUAGAAUGGCCUGUCUUUCACAUUGACUUAAAUAGGACAGCCAAGGCCACAGAAGGCACCUUCCAAGUGGGUGUUUUUACCUCCCAACCACUCUGUAUGUUUCCCGUGGACAAGCCAGACAUGCUGGUGGAUGUUAUUUUCACUGACAGUCUUCCCGAGGCAAGAACAAGUUUGGGACAGCCUCUGGAGAUCAGAGCCAGCAAAAGGACAAAACUCACUCAGGGUCAGUGGGUCGAGUUUGGCUGCGCACCCAUAGGGGUGGAGGCCUAUGUUACCGUGAUGCUGAGGCUGUUGGGUCAAGACUCAGUCAUUGCUUCUACAGGACCGAUUGACCUGGCCCAAAAAUUUGGAUACAAAUUGAUGAUGGCACCGGAAGUCAUUUGUGAGUCUGUGCUGGAGGUAACGGUAGUGCCACCUCCUUGUGUUUUCAUCCAAGGAGUGCUGGCUGUUUACAAAGAGGCCCCCAGACACCCGGAGGAGAGGACUUUUCAGAUGGCUGAAAACAGGCUGCCCCUGGGAGAAAGGAGAACCGUGUUUAACUGCACUUUGUUUGAUAUAGGGAAGAACAAAUACUGCUUUAACUUUGGAAUUUUGAAGAAAAGCCAUUCUUCUGCAAAGGAAUGCAUGCUAAUUCAGAGAAAUAUAGAAACUUGGGGACCAUGGCAGCCGUGGAGCCCGUGUAGCACCACGUGCGGGGAUGCUGUCCGAGAGCGUCGCCGUGUGUGUGUCACUUCUUUUCCCUCCAGACCCAGCUGCUCUGGAAUGUCCUCAGAGACCUCUCCAUGCUCCCUGGAGGAGUGUGCUGUUUUCCGGCCACCAGGUCCAUCGCCUAUUCCACCCCAGGACCCGGUGAAGUCCAACAAUGUGGUGACCGUCACAGGGAUAUCCCUGUGCUUGUUCAUCAUCUUCGCCACGGUGCUCAUCACUCUCUGGAGGAGAUUCGGCAGAGCCCCCAAAUGCAGCACCCCGGCUCGCCACAACUCCAUCCAUUCUCCUGGCUUCAGGAAGAACUCGGACGAGGAGAACAUCUGCGAGCUGAGCGAACCUCGUGGUAGCUUCUCAGACGCGGGUGACGGGCCUAGGGGAAGCCCAGGGGACACAGGCAUCCCAUUGACUUACAGGUGCAGUGCAUCAGCGCCUCCUGAGGAUGAGGCCUCCGGCAGUGAGAGCUUCCAGUCCAACGCUCAGAAGAUCAUCCCGCCCCUGUUUAGCUACCGCCUUGCCCAGCAGCAGUUGAAGGAGAUGAAGAAGAAAGGGCUGACAGAGACCACCAAAGUGUACCACGUGUCUCAGAGUCCCCUGACAGACACUGUGGUGGAUGCCACUGCCAGCCCUCCCUUAGACCUGGAAUGCCCCGAAGAGGCAGCAGCAGCAAGCAAGUUCCGAAUUAAGUCUCCAUUUCUGGACCAGCCUGGGGCAGGUACCGGGGAAAGACCCCCCUCCAGGCUGGAUGGCAUCCUGCCUCCGCCCAGCUGUGCGGUCAGUCCCAGCCAGACCCUGAUCCGGAAGUCGCAGAUGAGGUCGACUGGUGGGAGAGAUGGCUCGUCCGAGAGGUGCCACUCCAGAAGUUCCCUCUUCAGAAGGACUGCUAGUUUUCAUGAAACCAAGCAGUCUCGCCCUUUCCGGGAGAGGAGUUUGUCAGCCCUGACUCCUCGCCAGGCCCCCGCCUACAGUUCCAGGAUGCGGACCUGGGACCAGAUGGAGGAUAGGUGUCGGCCCCCCAGUCGAAGUGCCCACCUGCUUCCAGAGAGACCAGAACACUUCCAAGGGGCGGGUCGGACCAGCAGUCCUUUGGGUCCACUGUCCAAAUCCUACACUGUGGGGCAUCCCAGGAGGAAACCGGACCCGGGGGAUCGCCAGGCAGGAUUGGUGGCAGGAGCUGAGAAAAUGGAGCCUCACCGAGCUCACAGGGGACCGUCCCCCAGUCACAGGAGUGCCUCAAGGAAGCAGUCUUCCCCCGUUUUCCUCAAAGAUAGCUACCAGAAAGUCAGCCAGCUUAGCCCUUCUCACUUCAGAAAAGAUAAAUGUCAGAGCUUCCCCAUCCACCCCGAGUUCGCCUUCUAUGACAAUACCUCUUUCCGCCUCACCGAGGCUGAGCAGAGAAUGCUGGACCUCCCGGGAUACUUCGGCUCCAACGAAGAGGACGAAACCACAAGUACACUUAGCGUGGAGAAGUUAGUGAUCUAGGCUAGGAAGCCGCAGGACUCACCCAGGGUCCUUCAACCGUCUGGCGAUAUCCGAUACUGCUAACGUACUUGCUGUUGGCCGCAUUGUACAACCGUGGAAAUUAGUUCGCCCAGAGGAUGUGUGUGUACGCAUGUGGUUUUAAUUAAUCAGGAAGAAGUGAUUUAUCCUGAACUUUCUUUUUGUUAUCCCCUUUCCAUUGGCUUAUUUCUACUAAUAAAAUUUAAAGAAGGCGAACGUAUGAUGCAUUUUGAACACUACACGGGAUGUUUCCAAUUUAGGAAUCCGGGAGCUUUUCCCAAGGGGGAGGAGCCUCCCAAUGCCUGCUGUGUAUGCAGAACCAUUUUCCCUGUGACCUUGCAUCUUGCUUUGUUGUAAAGUAGGAACCAAACAAAGGAGUCUAAAUAUGGGGCUGCUUCUUUUUAAGUUUGUUACCAAGGCCUAAUCCCUUUAGGCCCAGUGGCCUAACACUAAUCAGCAUACUCCAUACCUAGCUCCACGCUCCUGGUGACCUCCAGCUACCCCGCCCAUCCUGCCCUUAGACUGAUUUCCUUCUUUUAGAGUUUAUCAGGAUGUCAGGCAGCUGGGGAGGUUUCAGAUAGGGGGAAAUCACAAA